AAAAAAACAAAAAGAUUUCCAUUUUCUUGCCAUAGUACAACUCUUGAAUACAAAUACUCCUUGACAGACUGUUUACUACUUGAGACUUUGAAACACAGAAGCAGAAAAGUAGCGGCGAAGAUGUCACAUUUGCAGUUACAGCUACACUCACAAGCACCACCAUCACUCUUUUCAUCAUCUCUUUCUUCCCUCAAGUUUUUCUCAAACAAAAACUCUUUCUCUCCAACAAACUCUCUUCCUUUCAAACCCCUCACUAUCAGAUGCCGCCACUCUGACGUCUUCGAAACCAGAACCAACGUUUCUUCACCAAACCCUAACCCAGUUGGAGCUUUGCCACCUAGGGUUUAUGUUGGUCAUUCCAUUUAUAAGGGGAAGGCUGCUCUCACUAUCACUCCAAGACCACCGGAAUUCGCACCUUUGGAUUCAGGGGCAUAUAAGAUAACUAGGGAUGGUUACGUGCUGCUUCAGUUUGCGCCCUCUCUUGGACCACGACAAUAUGAUUGGAAUAGUAAACAGGUGUUCUCUUUAUCUGUGGCCGAAAUGGGAGGUGUGAUUAGCCUUGGUGGAAGGGAAAGCUGUGAAUUUUUUCAUGAUCCUUUUAUGGGAAAAAGUGAUGAAGGCAAAGUCAGGAAAGUUUUGAAGGUUGAGCCUCUCCCGGAUGGUUCUGGUUUCUUCUUUAACCUCAAUGUUCAAAACAAGAUUAUAAAUGCGGAUGAAAGCAUCAAUAUCCCUAUAUCAAAAGCAGAGUUGGCAGUUCUGCGCUCAAUUUUCAAGUAUAUUAUGCCGUACCUUCUAGGUUGGCAUACCUUUGCAAACUCCAUAAAUCCGGAGUGUUCUGCCGUGGCGAACAAUGCUAAUCCGACAUAUGGAGGAGACUAUGAAUGGAGCAGAUAGAAAUAACUUUUAUGCUUGUAUUACAUAACCCUCACUUUGUGAACUUCUAAGCUUUGAAAUGUGUUUUUUUUUUAACAAAGCUUUGAAAUGUGUUAAAUCGCCAUGACCUGUUAGAUUAACUGUUUUAGGAAUUUUGGUUCUUGAGAAUUGAGAUGAUGUCAUUACUUGGUGCAUGUUAUCAUUAGUACGUGUAAGAAUGAUAUUUUGGUUGGAAAGGUGUAAAAUAGUAGUUAAAAAAUAUAACAUGAUGUUCUACUAA